CACGGAACCGCAUAAAUGCGGGUGGGUCUGCGUCAUGCAGCAGAUUACGGCUGCCGUGGAACAGAGGGUGACUGUUGACGAGUGACGUUCAGGGCCGGAGACUUCAACAUGCAGAUCUUUGUGAAGACCCUGACUGGCAAGACUAUCACCCUCGAGGUUGAGCCUAGUGACACCAUUGAGAAUGUGAAGGCCAAGAUCCAAGACAAGGAAGGCAUUCCCCCUGAUCAGCAGAGGCUGAUCUUUGCUGGCAAGCAGCUGGAAGAUGGGCGCACCCUGUCUGACUACAACAUCCAGAAGGAGUCCACCCUGCAUCUUGUGCUGCGCCUGAGGGGUGGCAUGCAGAUCUUUGUGAAGACCCUGACUGGCAAGACCAUCACCCUUGAGGUUGAGCCCAGUGACACCAUUGAGAAUGUGAAGGCCAAGAUCCAGGACAAGGAAGGCAUUCCCCCAGAUCAGCAGAGGCUGAUCUUUGCUGGCAAGCAGCUGGAAGACGGGCGCACCCUGUCUGACUACAACAUCCAGAAGGAGUCCACCCUGCAUCUUGUGCUGCGCCUGAGGGGUGGCUGUUAAGUUAUUGUGCAUCUUGCUUGACGGCAAGAUUGCCAAUAGCACUUGUGUUUGCACUGUAGUUCUUUAAUGUCUUAAUAUUAAGUUAAAUGCAAGGUUUAUGCAAGCUUAAGUAACUGCUGAACAACUGUCUGAAAUGCUAAUAAAGUUUUCUGUUGCACAUUACAAUUUGUAGUCUGUCUCAGUUCAAGCUAGUAAAACUGGUGUAUUUAAGUGACAUGCUUACUUCGGCUUUGUUCCUUGGCAGUUUAAGCCUCUUUGCAUGUAUAAUGAGGACCUUGUGGAUGAAACGGAUCUGGAUUAAAGUCUUAAUUUAAGCACU